GGACGAGAUUCUUCCAUCAUAUUCAGUUUUUGACAACUUACGUGGUUUUACAUUAGCCUUCCCAGUUUUAUAUUGAAGUGUCUAAAUUUAUAACACACGAGUUCAAAUACUCGUCAAAAAUGUUUAAAUUUAGUCUGUUUCAUUUAUUAUUUUUGGCUACGGCCGUGCAGGUGGUCCUAUCACUUCGAGAAGGUGAUUGCGAAGUGUGUGUGAAAACUGUAGAGAAGUUUGCCGCCACGCUAUCAGAUGAUGUGAAGAAAGACCCUAAAAAAAUCGAGGCAGAGUUCAAAAAGUUCUGUAAAGGUUCAAAGAACAAAGAAAAUAGAUUUUGUUACUAUUUAGGAGGUCUCGAAGAGUCAGCCACCGGCAUUUUGGGAGAAUUGUCAAAGCCCUUAAGUUGGUCUAUGCCCGCCGAUAAAAUAUGUGAAAAAUUGAAGAAAAAAGAUGCACAAAUCUGUGACCUAAGGUUCGACAAACAAAUCGAUCUAAACAAUGUUGAUUUGAAGAAACUAAAAGUACGUGACUUGAAGAAGAUUCUGAACGACUGGGAUGAGGUCUGCGAUGGUUGCAUCGAGAAGACUGACUUCAUUAAGAGAAUAGAAGAGUUAAAACCCAAAUACAUGGGUAGAUCUGACCUCUAAACUAAAUAAAUACAUUAGGUGAAUUAUCAACAUUCACAUUGUGAUAUCAACAUCAUGCAGACCUUCUGUGUGAUGUAAUAUGGACAGUGUAUUUGUAAAUUAAUAAAGUAUGAAAGUGUAUACAGUGAGAAUGAACGCAUGUACACAAUAAAUUAUUAUAAUUAAAUAUUUUUCACGUUCA